UCUCCGGGUGGGGGAGCGUUGUAGUCGUACUCGGCAAGAACAAUCCAGCGACCGAGAGAAAAGGGGGGACGAAUCGAAUCCAAGCCGGAGCGCGAGGGGGAGGGAGCUCAGGGAAGGCAAGCCGUUCCUGCCCAAUCCAAUCCAGUCCGGUCUGAUCGCCGAGUCGCGGGGAGGGACGACGCGGCGAGGUUUAGGCAGGGUUUGUCCCGGCCGUCUCCCGUGCGAUUCAGCUCUCGCCGUGGGAGAGAGGGGGCGGGCGGUGGAAUAGGAGGAGAAGGAGGAGGGGUUGCCGGCGGUGGGACACGCCGAUGCGGAAGUUCCAGGACUCCGUCAAGGCCCUCGAGGCCGACAUCGAGCACGCCAAUGCGCUGGCGUCGGAGUUCCUGCGGGACUACGACGGGUCGGUCAUCCAGAUGCGGAUGGCGUACAGCGCCGUCGCGCAUUUCCUCGUGCAGUGGACCGACUGCAAGCUCGCCGGCGCGCUCGGCCUCCUCAAGAUCAUGCUCUACAAGGUGUACGCGGACGGCUCGUCGGCGCCUCCCGACUGGGAGAGGGAGGCCAGCAUCAGGGAGUUCUACGGCGUCAUAUUCCCGUCGCUGCUGCAGCUGCCGAGCGGGAUCACCGAGCUGGACGAAAGGAAACAGAGGAGGCUCUGCCUGAAGAAAUUCAGGAGCAGGGACGAGGAGCUCUCGGAGGUGGACACGGAGAGGGAGCUCGAGUGCGGCAUCUGCCUCGAGGUCAGCCGCAAGGUCGUGCUGCCCGACUGCGCCCACACGCUAUGCAUGCGGUGCUUCGAGGAUUGGAACGCGAAAUCGAAGUCCUGCCCGUUCUGCCGCGCCUGCCUUGAGGAGGUGAAGCCGGGCAGCCUGUGGGUGUUCACCGACGACAGCGACGUUGUGGAUAUGGAUACCUUGACCAGGGAGAACAUCAGGCGGCUCUUCAUGUACAUAAACAAGCUGCCGCUCGUAGUCCUACAUGUAGCUGACCUUGACAUUUACGAGUACCGUAUCAAGUAAUUGAACUGAUCCUUGUUCGUACCAGUUCUUGCUUU